GCGUGGUCGGGGAGGGGCGGCUAGGGCCCCCGAGCGGUCGCUGGCCAGCGAAGCACCACACUCGCUUGGUUGAGGAGAGCGGCGCUCAGCCGGUGAGCACAAGCCUAGGAGAUGGCAGUGAUGGAAGUGGCCUGCCCAGGCACUCCUGGCUCAGCAGUUGGGCAACAGAAGGAGCUCGCCAAAGCCAAGGACAAGACACAGUCACCAGGGAAGAAACAGAGCUGCACCUACAAGCUCGAGGCUGUGGAGAAGAGCGCCGUGUUCUGUGGGAAAUGGGAGAUCCUGAACGAUGUGAUUACCAAAGGCACAGCCAAGGAAGGUUCUGAGGGUGGGCCGCCCGCCAUCUCCAUCAUCGCUCAGGCUGAAUGUGAGAAUAGCCAAGAGUUCAGCCCCACCUUUUCAGAGCGCAUUUUCAUCGCAGGGUCACAGCAGUACAGCCAGUCUGAGAGUCUUGACCAAAUCCCCAACAAUGUGGCCCACGCAACUGAAGGCAAAAUGGCCCGUGUGUGCCGGAAGGGGAAGCGUCACAGCAAAGCCCGGAAGAAACGUAAGAAGAGGAGGUCGAAGUCAAAGGCCCAGGCAGGAGUGGCCUUAGCCAAGCCCCUGCCCCGAACCCCUGAGCAAGAGAGCUGCACGGUCCCUGUGCAGGAAGACGAGUCUCCACUAGGCACCCUCUAUACCAGAAAUGUCUCCCAGUACACCAAGCCUCUGAAGGAACCAGACCUUGGCCACCUGUGCUGUAAGAAACAAGGUGAAGGCCUGCGGCCACUGCUGCCGAGACCAGAGCUCCACAAACUGAUCAGCCCUUUGCAAUGUCUGAACCACGUGUGGAAACUCCACCACCCCCAGGCCGUAGGCCCCCCACCCCACUCCACUCACCCUUUCCCCUACAACAGACUGCCGCACCCUUUCCCAUUUCACCCUCUGGAGCCCUGGAGACCCUACCCGCUGGAAGCCCUCUUCCUGGACAAACUAGCCGGUGUAAGUGGCCAGCAGCCCCUCCCUGGCCCACACCUAAGCAAACUGGCCUAUGGAGACGGUCAGAAGCCCCUGCCCGGCCCACACCUGGAGUCCAGCUACCCAUCUCGAAGCACCCAGGAAAAGGGUCCUGUGGAAGAGUACCUCGUGCACGCACUACAAGGCAGUGUGAGCUCAGGCCAGGCCAGCAGCCUGGCCAGCCUGGCUAAGACAUGGUCAUCAGGGAGCUCCAAGCCUCAGAGGCUCAGCCCUGAAACUGAGGACAACGAGGGCGUCCUGCUUACCGAGAAACUCAAACCAGUGGACUAUGAGUACCGAGAAGAGGUCCACUGGGUGACACAGCAGCCGCGUUUGGGCAGGGGAUCCUUUGGUGAGGUCCACAGAAUGAAGGACAAGCAGACAGGCUUCCAGUGUGCCGUCAAAAAGGUACGGCUCGAGGUGUUUCGGGCAGAGGAGCUGAUGGCCUGUGCUGGACUGACCUCGCCCAGAAUUGUCCCUCUCUAUGGAGCUGUGCGAGAAGGCCCUUGGGUCAACAUCUUCAUGGAGCUGCUAGAAGGUGGCUCACUAGGCCAGCUCAUAAAGCAGAAGGGCUGUCUGCCGGAAGACCGAGCCCUGUACUACUUGGGCCAGGCUCUGGAGGGGCUGGAAUACCUCCAUAUACGAAGGAUUCUGCAUGGUGAUGUCAAAGCUGACAACGUGCUCCUGUCCAGCGAUGGGAGCCGAGCUGCCCUCUGCGACUUUGGCCAUGCCUUGUGCCUACAACCUGAUGGCCUAGGAAAGUCCUUGCUCACGGGGGACUACAUUCCUGGUACAGAGACCCACAUGGCCCCAGAAGUGGUGAUGGGGAAGCCCUGUGAUGCCAAGGUGGACAUCUGGAGCAGCUGUUGCAUGAUGCUGCACAUGCUCAAUGGCUGCCACCCCUGGACUCAGUACUUCCGAGGCCCACUCUGUCUCAAGAUCGCCAGUGAGCCUCCACCUGUGAGGGAGAUCCCACCUUCCUGCGCACCCCUCACAGCCCAGGCCAUCCAGGAGGGGCUGAGGAAAGAGCCAGGCCACCGAGCAUCUGCUAUGGAGCUUCGGGGGAAGGUGGGCCAGGCAUUACAGCAAGUGGGAGGUCUGCAAAGCCCUUGGAAAGGAGAAUAUAAAGAACCAAGACCUCCACCUCCAGACCAAGCCACCUGCCACCAGACCCUUCAUACCCCACUGAGGGAGAACCUACCAGCCAAGGCCAGCGCUGACGGGGCCUCUGAGCCUCGGCCUCCUCUACCGCCAGAACCACCAGAACAGAGCAGAGUUCCAGCCCUGAACCUGAGCAAGGAGGAGUCUGGCACAUGGGAACCCUUGCCUCUGUCCUCCCUAGAGCCAUCCCCUGCCAAGGGCCCCAGCUACCCAGACCGGAGGGCAACCUUCCCAGAGCUGGAGCUGCAACAGCUGGAGAUAGAACUGUUUCUCAACAGUCUGUCGCAGCCAUUUUCUCUGGAGGAACAGGAACAGAUCCUCUCAUGCCUCAGCGUGGACAGCCUGUCAUUGUCAGAGGAUAGUGAAAAGAACCCAUCAAAGGCCUCUCAGAGCUCACGAGACACCCUGAGUUCCGGCGUGCACUCAUGGAGCAGCCAGGCAGAGGCAGGAAGUUCCAGCUGCAACAUGGUGCUGGCCCGGGGGCGGCCCACAGACACUCCAAACUACUUCAAUGGUGUCAAGGUCCAAAUACAGUCUCUCAAUGGUGAACACCUACACAUCCGGGAAUUCCACCGGGUCAAGGUGGGAGACAUUGCAACUGGCAUCAGCAGCCAGAUCCCAGCCACAGCCUUCAGCUUGGUGACCAAAGACGGACAGCCUGUUCGCUAUGACAUGGAGGUGCCAGACUCAGGCAUCGACCUGCAGUGCACCCUGGCCCCUGAUGGCAGCUUUGCCUGGAGCUGGAGGGUCAAGUACGGCCAGCUGGAGAACCGGCCCUAGCCCUGUCUUCCACCACCAGCUCCACUCUGCCCACAGCAGAGCCCUUUGUAUCCCAGUGCUCCAUGCUGCCCUGAGAUGCUGGCUGAGUCUGCUCAGAGAGAUCUGCCAGGCCCUGGUUCGGCAGUAAAGACCAGGGCGUGCAGCAGCAAUGGGAGCAGGUAAAGCACCUCUCAGGAUUUGCCUCCUGAGUGCUGCUGGCCCUCGUGAAGAGACAAGGAGGAAGUCGGUCUCAUCCCCCAGGAAGAGAGCCAGUGAUUUCCCUGAUGCUCCAGGCCCACACAGAUCAGUCAGCACUUGCCAGCAAUUGGGGUACAGCCUCUAGCCUGGGUCAAGAAGAGCAGGUACCUAGGCAGGCAGAAGAGCCGGGUUCCUGCCCAACUCAUUCAGGGCAAGGCAGCAGGCAUGCCUGCCCAGGGGCUUGUGGAGCCUUUGACCCCUUGUCUGGCCUCCUUGGCCGUUGACUAGUGUGAGUAGAGCAGGCAGGAAGGAUGCUAGCACCUUGGGAGGAUGCACACCUUCAGGUUAUUGCAGCCCAGGUCCUCAGUUGAGCUCUUUGUUCAACCAAGGACCAUGGAAGGUAUUGAAGAGAAGUGAUUCUCAGGCCUCAAGUUUGUGGCUGCUGGAGACCGCUCCUCAGAGCACAAGCCUCACUGAGGCCUGCCCUCUGGCUGGCUGGCACUCUGGUCCCUCAUCUGUGAAACUGAAGGAUGACACGAGACUGGCACCUCACUGUCAUAGCGAACAGGCUGGUCAGCAAAUAACAGAUUCCAAAGAGAGCCAAAGAUGCUCUCUUGCCCGCCAAGACACAUAGUCAUAUCCAGUGUGCCAGCUUCAUGGUGGCAAGACACUGCCAGCAGCACUUUGUACCCCAAAGCACUUUUCUGGUGCCUUCCAGCAGAGCAUCGGCUCUGCCUGGGCACAAGCAGGCCAGGGGAUGGGAAGGGACUGUCUGCACCCAUCAUACACACAGCCUUGAUAGCCUCAAGCCUCCUUCAGAUUUUAGGUGAGCAUACAUCCACGUUGCCCUAGUCAGGCUUUUCCUGGUGGGGCUUGGAGUAGCUGCUUAGGACUAAUGUAGCAUUAAGUUAACUGUGAAUCAUUAUGGGAAGGGGCACAGAGACCCCCCCCUCCUCUGGAGAAGCUUGACACCCCAGGCCCAAUCAGCCAGGAUAGCUUCUGUCCAGCUAUUUGCAAUGAGCUAGGUUGUCUCUGGCCCCAGCACAUGAACCACAGCCACACCGUGUUGCAUUUGGGGUGUGCCUGAGCUCUGUAAGCAAUAAAAUUUGGGGUAAUGAC